CACGUGACGUUACUUCCAAAGCCCCGGAUUUGCAGCCCCCAACUCCAAGCAGCCGGCCGGGGACGAUGGCCAACAAUCCGCCGAAACCAUCCUCUGAUCCCCAGCGCGAUCCCGCGGCGCCGGCGGCCACUCCACGCCGCAACCGCCGUCUCCCCUGGGUCACCGUGGCGAUCCUCCUCGGCCUCGCCGUCAACCUCGCGCUCUGCGUCCGCCGCGUCGGCGGCGACGACCGCCGCGCGGUCGCCUUCGUCGGGUUCUCCCACCUCAACCUGCUGCUCCUCUUCGGCGCGAUCCGCCACUUCGAGGUCUCGCCGCACGGGUCCCCGGCGCGCGGCCGCGCCAGGCUCGCCGUGUGGCUGCUCACCACGACGCUCACCGCCGCCUUCACCUGGAAGAUCGGCGCGAUGGUGCCCCUGGGCUUCGCGGUCGCGGCGUGGAUCAUGGCCGCCGCGACCGUCCUCGGCGGGUUCUACAUGAUGUUCCUCCAUGGCGAGAAGUGAUUCGAUCGUGAUGGCGCUGCAGUUCUACUAGCCUCGUAUGAUCGAUUUCACCUUUUAGCUCCUGCAUCUCUCUUUAGCAGAACAAGAUCAAGAUCAGAUUGGAGCACUCGAAACAGAUGGCAGGUGCUGGAAAGGGAAAUCUUCCUUUGGUAGAUUAAUUGUUCUCUCACCGCAAUAUUAACUUUAUUUCGAUUUGAUUCGUGUGGAAGUAUAUGCAACAUAUAUAUAGGGGGUGGCAUCGCCUUCUUUACC